UCUACUAUAUGCCAUAUUGUAGAGAAAUGUUUGCUCUACAAAACUGAUGAUUUCAGAAAAUUUCACAGUUCGUUGUUGCAAAAAUACAAACCAAUUUUUGAAAAACACGAAAAAAAACUGUUGCAUGUCUACCUAGAAUUAGAAUUUCUGAUGGUAUAAUUGAAUCAAUCUAAUAUUUUCUGGCAUUUAUGAAGAAGUUUUGUAUUUCGUACAAUCCUAGUAUUUUAUGUAACAAAUAGUUAUUUUCUUAUUUAGAUGAUAGUUGGGGUGGUGGUAUCGAAUUAGCCAUAUUAACAAAAUUAUAUGAAAUUGAAAUAUGUGUAAUAAAUAGUGAAUGUGGUGGCCGAAUUGAUUAUUUUGGUGAAGAUUGUCAAUUUCCAUAUCGUGUUUUUUUAUUAUACGAUGGACUUCAUUAUGAUCCUGUUUACUAUUCAAAAUUUGAUCCAGAUGAAAAUAAAGAGUUAAUUCAAACAAAAUUUUUACGUAAUGAUGAAAUGAUAUUAAAUUUGGCAAAAAAACUGAUUGAACCAACAACACCACCGGCAUCAUCAACAACUCCUAAUAUUGAGAAGAAUGCAAAGGACUGUGAUUACAAACAAAUGAUGAAAGGGAAUGAAUUGGUGCAUAUAUUACAUUUUUCACAUAUUUUAAGUGCUCGUGAAGUAUUAACAAAUUCGUCACACACAUUGCGUUCAAUACCAAUGCCAUCAAAAGCAUGUCGAGAUCGCCUUGUGAGAACGCCCACUGCUAUCGUCAUGGUUGGAUUGCCGGCUCGAGGAAAAACAUAUAUAUCCAAAAAGUUAGCGAGAUAUCUCCAUUGGAUAGGAAUUAAAACAAAAGUAUUCAAUGUUGGAGAAUAUCGUCGAGAAGCAGUUAAAGUGUAUGGAGGAAAACAUUUCUUUGAUCCGGACAAUGCUGAAGCUGUAGCAGUGAGAAAUCUAUGUGCUCAACAAGCAUUAGAAGAUAUGUGCAAUUUUUUGUCGGAUGAAGGCGAAGAUUUUACAAGAAGCGUGAGAAUGGAAGUCUCGCAUCCCACAUCUGUUCCGAAAUGGGACGGAUCUCGGAUAUUUGAUGCUACCAAUACCACACGUGAUCGACGACGUAUGAUUUAUGAUUAUUGUACGCAAACAUUUUGUUUUAGAGUAUUUUUCAUUGAAUCUAUUUGUGAUAGUGCAGAAAUAAUAGAAGCAAAUAUAAAAGAAGUAAAAUUGAAGAGUCCCGAUUAUAAAGAAAUGUUGGCUAGCGCUGCUGUUGAUGAUUUUUUAUCAAGAAUAGCCUUAUAUGAAAAAAGUUAUGAAACAAUUGAUGAUAAAACCGAUGAGAAAAAUCUUUCGUUUAUCAAAUUAUUCAAUUGUGGUGAAAGAUUUUUGGUUCAUAAAAUUGGCGGUCAUAUACAAUCGAGAGUGGUCUAUUUUUUGAUGAAUAUACACGUUUUACCACGAACAAUCUAUAUAACACGACAUGGAGAAUCGGAAUUGAAUACACAACAACGAAUUGGCGGUGAUCCUCCAUUAUCACCUCGCGGCAAAAUGUACGCUGAUGCACUGGCGCAGUAUAUGGCAAAAGAGAAUAUUCCUGAUUUAAUUGUAUGGACUAGUAAAUUGCUACGUACAAUACAAACAGCUGCAAAAAUAAAUGCUCCAAAAGAACAAUGGAAAGCAUUGGACGAAAUUAACGCGGGUAUUUGUGAAGGAUUAACAUAUCUUGAAAUUGCAGAAAGAUUUCCCGAAGAAUUUGCUUUACGUGAUCAAAGCAAAUAUUAUUAUCGUUAUCCUGGUGGUGAGUCCUAUCAAGAUCUUGUUGCGCGACUUGAACCAGUGAUUAUGGAAUUAGAACGAGCUGAAAAUGUACUUGUCGUUUGUCAUCAAGCAGUUGCUCGUUGUAUACUCGCUUAUUUUCUUGAUAAAAAUGCAGAUGAUUUACCUUAUACAAAAGUACCAUUACAUACACUUAUUAAACUUACACCACUUGCAUAUGGUUGUAAAUUAGAGUAUGUACCGUUAAAUGUUGAAGCUGUCAAUACUCAUCGAGAAAAACCAAGGAAUUGUCAAUUAAUGCGUACAUUGGACGAUGCUGUCGGUGAGUAUGUAGCAACAGCUGAUGAAAAACAUAAUAAUGAAGGUAUACAAAAUGAAGUCAUUUAUUCUGGAACAACAAAUACGAUUGUUGAGCGUAAAGUUCGUACUAUGCGAAAUGAUAGUUCAAAUGAAAAUGGUGCUCUAAACAAUAUUGGUUCAUUGAUACAAGACCUACCAGAAUGA